UGGGCUCUUUGUGGCCGCUGUGCGCCGUCGGGGCUGCUCCGGCGCCGGGGCGCUGUCGGAGGGCAGGCGGGCGGGGGACGCGUCCUGGUCUGUGGCCGCCGCUUCCCGGGGGACAGCCCCGGGGAUGUCCCCUGAGGCACGCGCCUACGCUGUGCUGUCACCCGGAAGCGAGAAGCGCACGAGAGCGGCGGGCUGCUGAGUUGGACAGGAUCCUCCCCAAGCACAAAACCCAGUUGUACUAAGGUUUUUGUGAACGAUUUCAGCCCAGAAUGGCUAUGGAAUCCAGAGCAGUUUCAACUCUAAAACCUCAGGAUCAAGAAGAUGAAUUGAUACUAGUCAAAAUAGAAGAUAGCUUUUCUUGGAGUCAGAAAUGUAAACAAAAUGGGAGUACCCAGUCUUGCCAAGAGCUGUUUCGUCAGCAGUUCAGGAAGUUUUGCUACCAUGAAACCCCUGGGCCCCGAGAGGCUCUGGGCCGACUCCAGGAACUGUGCUAUCAGUGGCUGAUGCCAGAGUUGCACACAAAGGAGCAGAUCCUCGAAUUGCUAGUGCUGGAGCAGUUUCUGAGCAUCCUGCCUGAGGAGCUGAAGAUGUGGGUUCAGCAGCACGGCCCGAGAAGCGGGGAGGAAGCUGUGACCCUGCUGGAGGAUUUGGAGAAAGAGUUUGAUGACCAAGGGCAGCAGGUCCCAGAUAGUCCACAAGGACCAUCAGUAUCAUGGAAAGACUUGACAUAUCUCAGAGCAUCCCAAGAUUCAACAAGCAUCCAAGUUCGGCCUUUGAAGACCCAGCUGAAAUCCUGGAAACCUUGCCUUUCCUCUAACAGUGGUAGGAAUAGAAACUUACCUUCAAGUUUAUAUUCUCAGAAUAGUGAAACAAGAGCAAAAGAAGACAUUUUAGAAGAAAAAUCACCAGAACUCUCUUGGGAUCCUUCAUUUAGAGGUGUUAGUGAGCACAAAAGCAAUCUAGAGUGGCAGCAAAGAAGUUCCCCUCUCCACAGGGGUAGUUUUAGUCAAGUGAUCUUCACACACAAAUCCUUAGCAAAGAGAGACCAUCAUGAUGAAUCUCAAAGAUGCUUAAUUCUAAGUACAAACUCUGUAACAUGUCAGAACGUUUCUCCAGAAGAGAGACCUUACAGAUGUGAUGUGUGUGGGCAUAGCUUUAAACAGCAUUUUUCUCUAACACAACAUCAGAGAAUCCAUACUGGAGAAAAGCCCUAUAAAUGUAAUCAGUGUGGGAAGGCCUUUAGCUUGAGGUCAUAUCUCAUUAUUCAUCAGAAAAUCCAUAGUGGUGAAAAAGCUUAUGAAUGUAAUGAGUGUGGGAAAGCCUUCAACCAGAGUUCAGCUCUCACGAGACAUCGGAAAAUUCAUACAGGUGAGAAAGCUUGUAAGUGUAAUGAGUGUGGCAAAGCAUUCAGCCAAAGCUCUUACCUAAUCAUCCAUCAGAGGAUCCACACCGGGGAGAAACCCUAUGAGUGUAACGAGUGUGGGAAGACCUUCAGCCAGAGCUCAAAGCUUAUUAGACACCAGCGAAUCCAUACAGGAGAGAGACCCUAUGAAUGCAACGAAUGUGGGAAAGCCUUCAAGCAGAGCUCGGAGCUGAUUACCCAUCAGAGGAUACACAGUGGGGAGAAACCCUAUGAGUGCAGUGAGUGUGGGAAGGCCUUCAGUCUGAAUUCAAACCUCGUAAGACACCAGAGAAUCCACAGUGGAGAGGAGCCUUACCAGUGUGAUGACUGUGGGAAAACCUUCAAAAGGAGCUCGGCCCUUGUUCAGCACCGGAGGAUCCACUCUGGGGAUGAAGCUUACAUAUGUAACGAAUGUGGGAAGGCUUUUAGGCACAGGUCAGUGUUGAUGCGCCAUCAGAGAGUCCACGCUGUUAAGUAACAAUUCUAGUAAAUAAAUCGAUCUAUUUUUCGCUAUAUUAGACAAAAGGUUGACUUGGCUUUGGAGGAAGAUUCCGUAAAGGCAGUUUUAAAAAAUAAAUUGUCUUCAGUCAGUCUAACUUUCUUUGUGCAGCACUUCCCAAUGCUAGUGCAAACUUUUUUUGAAACCUGCUGUGAUUUUCCAGAACAAGAUAUAAGACCAUUACUUUGGGCUUUGCUUUUAGGAAUACUCGGGGAAAGAAAAAAACAGUAAUGUAUUAAUGAGAUCUCAUUUUCUAUGAGAAUGUCAUGGGAAAAGCUUCAUUCUGUCUCACUACAUGUGAUUGUAGCAGGUUUGUUAGAUAAUGUGGAUGGCAUGAAAGACGGCUUAAGCUCAAAAAUUUUUACUAAGCAGUAGCCAGUCAACAAGAAAAGUGAGGAAACAGUUUGAUGGUUUGUUCAUCCCAAAACAGGCCCAAAAUGAAAUGAGCCUGAGAAGAAAAAGAUGCAAAUUAGUUUUUGCAAGCUGAGGGCCCUGUCUGGUUUCCACCCCUGUGCUGGGUAUAACCCAGGGCCUCACAUGCUAGGUAAGUCCUAAGUUAUUUUUUAAUACCUGCUUUAUACCAGGGUCUAGAAAUAUAGUAAUAAAAGGUAACUUCUACAGCUUAAUAGCCAUUGCCAGUCAGGUAAUGACACUAGUCUAUUACAGUUGGGGACGGGGGCGUAGUUUGGGUGUGAGACAAGGUUUCUCUGUGUAGCCUUGGCUGUCCUGGAACUCCUUCUCUAGACCAGGCUGGCCUCUGCUUCCCAAGUGCUGGAAUUAAAGGUGUGUGCCACCACUGCCCAGCACUCUCCUUUUCCCUCUUGCCCAAGAACUUUGAAUAAAGGAAACUGAAAUGAUAGGAAAAAUGAGGAGUUAACCAGGAAGGAAGGCCAGAUUGCACCAGAUUAACACCAGGAACAAAACAUGGAACAUUGCCUGUUGAGUUCUGAAUUGCAUCACAUCUGUGAGAAGUAUGGCUACAACUAGACUCUAAAGCACUGCACAUGAGCCUAUGAAGAAGUUUCUAUUAAUAAAUAAAAACCUAAGAGUCCUUGCUCAUGGCAUCAUGAAAAAGUUUGUCUUGGUCAAUGUGGCCUACUGGAAGACUGGUGGGUGUUUUCCUGGCACAGCCUGACACAACGUUUAAACUUCUACAGAGAGUGCUACCAGUGCGAUAUGUGAGAGAACAGCCUAGAUACCGCCCUGUUCUGUAGACAGUAUUGGAGUUGCUGUGUCAGAGGAUGCCAUAGCAACUGUUUCCAAGGCUGCUUCUCUACCCUUUCUCCACCAGAGCACAACUGCCUUGCUCAAGUGCUCAAAAAUUGCCAGUUUCUGGGUCUUUGGCUUUUUCUUCAAAUACCUUUCGAAUAUCUUGUCUUAUGUCAGCAAUAUUUAGCAGUAUCUUGAAAGUUUUGAGGACAGUGCUAGAGAAGUGAUAACCAAAAGAGGUAAUUGUUGGCUUUGCCUUUUCUAAGGCAACCCAUCAGGAAGAGUAUCCUAAGACUGGCGCACAGUGCAAGGCGGGAAGCUGAUGGGUUCAAGAGCCUGUCAUCCCUGCACUCUAGACAGACAAAGGAUGAGGCUCUCCUGGUCAGUUGGAGCUACAAGAUAAUUGGGGGAAAACACUGGAUUCAAAGACCUAAGAGUCUGGAGGAGUGACACCUUACCCAAAUCAAACCUAUGUGGAAACACAGAAGAGUAAUUUUAUGAGGAUAUAAAAGUUAAUUCUGUCUUACACAUUUGUGAGUAUAUACUAACGAAUAAAAAUAAUGAACUAAAUGCCUAUUGUGGGUGCUAAGUAGGAUAAUGUUACAAAAGGGAAAUACUCUAGAGCUCAUAUAAUGGGUAUUUGCCAAGGGCUUUGUAUAUGUGUUAGUCAUUAGUAAAAAUCGCAUUUUGCACAUAGGAAAUGGAGGCUAUCAUACCUAAAGGUCAGAAUUUCAACUCAACUAUUCUGGAAGCACUUUAUACUAUCCAUGGAAAAGUCCCAUUAACAUUUAAACAAAUUGGCCAGGCGUUGGUGACACGUGCCUUUAAUCCCAUCACUCAAGAGGCAGAGGCAGGUGGGUCUCUGUGAGUUCAAGGACAGCCUGGUCUACAGAGCAAGUGCCAGGAUAGGCUCCAAAGCUACACAGAGAAACCCUGCCUCAAAAAACCAUUUAAACAAAUCACAGAUACACCAGUGAGCAAUCCAUAUAUGCCCAGUCUUACAAGUUAAAGAUAUACUGGAAUAGAAGUGAAAGUGCUGCUAAUGGGCUAUGAAUACAUAUCUCUGACAGUCAGUACCAGAAGCCUUAAGCACUGCCUUGGACUUUGAAACCCUACCCAGAAAUAUAUUUAAGAAACCAUGAAUAUGCAGCCUAGCAAGCUGUUAAAACAAGUUAAACAUUCACGAUACAUUAAAUAUAUAACAUGAUCCCAUGUAAAACAUACAUUAAAAAUAAUGGAAAUCUACAAUGUCAAGAUGUUAUACUGGUUCUGAGUGGUGAAGUUACAGUUAGUGUGGUUUUCUUUAUUUCAAGUUUGACUGCAAAAUCUAAUACUGUUUAUAGAGGAAGGCAGGAGAAUAGUUCAAUUGUGAAGCAUAAGUUUACCAUGUUUAAGGUUGCCGGCUUAAUCCCUAGAUCCCCAGCCCUAGGCAGAGCAGCUAGUGAACAAAAGUCCAAAAUAAGCACUUGCCCUCUGACAUCCCUGUCUCAAGUCUUAACUUUGACCUUUCAUGGCUGAUGAAAUCAAUGCAAACAUAUCUACUUCAUAAUAUUAAACGGCUACCCUCAAAUUACACAUUCUUGUGCAAGUUAACAUAAGUGCUUGAAGAUUUAUGGCUGGAAAAGGCUAGUCUUAAGUUUAACAACUUCAUCAUUGGUGCUUUUCCAUGAAUUCAGAAGGCAUGAACACGUUAUCUCACGUCUAUAUCCUCAUGUUAAAGGAACAGAAGAUGAUCUGGUCAAAGUUUCAAUCUUUAUGCAGUGGAGUGGACACCAACAACAGCUGAAAGGAAGUUGUCUUUUUCUGGAAGAAAACAACGAAUGCCCUUGCCUCUGCCCUGCUCUCCUCCCUCGUGCUCCAGUGGCAGUUACAAAGCAGUGUGUGCCUCACAGGGACCUUAAGUCAGCCUCACCUGUCUCCCUCAUUUCACAGCUGCAUUAGAAUGGGAGGACUGAGGCGUUCAGUCAUUUCAGUGACCUAAAACCUACUCCUGUUUGCGAACUGCUGAAGAAAGUCACAUCUCUCCAGCCAGCCUAGGCUUCAUGUGAGGCCCUGUCUCAAAAUUACUCAAAACAUGGGCCUACAGAGAUGGCUCAGAGCGGUACUGCUCUUGUAGGAGACCAGAGGUCCCCAUCCCAGCACCCACAUUGGGCGGUUUACCCUCUGUAACUCCAGGGGAUCCAGUGCCCUCUUCUGGCCUCUGUAGGCACUUGCAUUCACAAGCACAUAAUUUCAAGUCAUUCCAAAGAUCUUUCUAACUUAGUAUUGAAGAUGUCUGGGUGUGUUUAGUUAUGUGCAUGAAUUUUAAAGGCAUUUGCUUUCAUUCCAGUGCUCCAGCAACUCAACCUUAAACGUCUAGCUGUCACAGCUUCCUGAUGCUGUUUAUGUAACCUAGAAACUAAGUGUGCUACUUUUCCCCACACUCCUACCCACCCUCCAGCCUAACUCCCCCAUGGUGUAUAUUCCUUUACAUGAAUGAUUUAAAAACGAAAUUUUAAAAUUUCAGUUUUAUAACAAUACAUUCCAUUACAUGCUCAUACUAAGCAACUGGAGUGCAUACUGAACAUAUAAAUAUUAAAAUUAGCAAAAAAAUUAUACUAAAGAUUUUUGCCAAAAAUAUUAGGAUUUCAGAAAAACACUAAUAGGAAGUGGUUCAAAAGUUAAUUUUGCUAUGAGUAACAGGAUUAUGGAUUAUUUAUACUUCUCAACACUCAAAAUUAGCGAAAGGGUUACAUGAUAUUUAGAACAUUGAGUCAUUCAUUUGUUAUCUAUAUGAAAAGGCAAUUCACUGUCCGUUUGAAUUAUCCCUUUAAGUUAGAUCGUAAAUAACAGUUGUGCAACCUUUGGAAGCGAGAACCACAUCCAAUUUUACCCCCCCCCCCCCAUUCACAAUAGCUAUCAUUACCAAGUCUUCAAAAAUGGUGCAUUUCCCUAAGUAGAAAUUACCCUCAGCAAUUGUAGGCUAAUUAAAAUUGCCAAAUUAAAAUCAAGAGUUUUGUAGAAUCUGAGAGAUUGGCUUAGUAUGUACUUCCCUCAAGUGGCUAACCAUUCUGCAAACCUAAUGCUGAGGGAGACUCCUGACUCCAGUCCCUCAGCUUCCAACGCGUGCUGUUUCCUUGGUGUGCAUGUAUGACUUUACAUUAGAAACACCAGGGAUUUCUUUUUUCCCACACUAAUUGUAAAUACUUUUAGAUCAUAGAGGUCUUGUGAGCUGAAAUAGGUUAUCCAACUCAGGCUAUUACAAACAGGAAAAGAAACCAACCUGGCUUCUGAACUGGGGUCAAAGAAAGCUCUAUCAGGAAUUGAAGUCAAGAUACAGGAAUGUCUCCAGAUCCUCUCUUCUCAUUAUCCCAUGUAUGUAGUAUAAACUCUGCCUCUGUUCUGCCAUUUGUCAGGCCAACUUCUGUAUGUUAGGUUACAAAUGAGAUAACACACCCAAGAAAUCUUUAGUUAACUUGUAGAUCAGGUAAAGCAUCUCUGAAAUGUCUUCCAACAGAACCCUGAAUUUAUCUGGCUAAGUUACUGCCACCCUCCUACCAUAAUAACUUGUUUAACAAAUGGGUAUAUUCCAUUGCCCCUUAAUUUUGAGAGGGCAAUGACCAAGUCUGUUCUCCCAAUGGUUAUCCCAGGAAGUACCGAAUAAGGGAAUAAACUGUAACAGGAAGCUUGGUUGAAAGAACUGGUAAGGGGGCAGAAUGAGCUUCCAUUCCUCGGAUACUAAACUGAUCUAGGGCAUGACAUUUCAUAGCGCAAUUCAACAUUCCAGAGUUCAGUAGCUUAAAACAUGCUGCUCUAAUCAGACACACACUUUGGCUGGGCAGUGAUCUUUUCCAUUUUAGAAAGAGACCUUGUAGGAUCUGUGCCUCAGUCAUGGACUUAAAUGGAGGUACUCAAUGACAGUUCUAUCGGUAGCAGGGGAUGGGAUGAAGAAAAUAUUGGUGAGAAUCCUCAUUCAGAAAUGGGUCAGUCUUUUUUAGAAGAUACCAGUCUUUGUAGACAAGAUCUAGAUAUAAUUCUUUCAAUGUGUAAGCAUUUUUGUGUGGAUUUCUUUUUUACUGAACUGAGCUGAAAAGACAAAAGUCCUACUGUCAGAAAACAUUUUUUGUGGAGUCUCACCUUUAAAGUGAAUUCCUAGCAUUUCACAAUUACACAACUUUUACCCACUCUGGUGUGUGUUCUCUGAUGCUGCAUAAGACCUGAUCUAUGCCUAAAUAUUUUCCUACAUUCAUAACAUUUAUAAGGCUUUUCCCCAGAGUGGGUUCUCUGGUGCUGGGUGAGUGCUGAGCUUUGGUUAAAGGAUUUUUCACAUUCAUUACAUUCAUAAGGUUUCUCACCAGUGUGGAUUCUUUGAUGUUCCAGAAGAACAGAGCUUCUCCUAAAAGCCUUACCACAUUCAGUACAUUCAUAGCUUUUGUCUCCACUGUGAAUCUUCUUAUGCUGAAUAAGAGUAGAACUCUGGCUGAAGGCUUUCCCACAUUCAUCACAACCAUAAGGUUUCUCUCCAGUAUGAAUUCGCCUAUGCCUAAUGAGCCCUGAGCUGCCUCUGAAAGCUUUUCCACAGUCACAACAUUUGUAAGGCUUUUCACCACUGUGAAUUCUCUGAUGCCUAACAAGAUCUGUUCUGAAACCAAAGGCUUUUCCACACUCUUUACAUGCAUAAGGUCUCUCUCCAGUGUGACUUCUUUGAUGUCUAAUCAGCUUUGACCUAUGGCAAAAUGCUUUUCCACAAUCCACGCACUCAUAGAGCAGUUUCCCUGUGUGAGCUCUGGGCCGUGUGGUGUCAUCUAAGUUUAGACUGAGACCUCUUUCACCUUCGUUACACCCAAAGGUGUUCCGUUCUGAAGAGGUGUUCUCGUUAAAGGUGUUCCGCUCUGAAGAGGUGUUCUCGUUAAAGGUGUUCCGUUCUGAAGAGGUGUUCUCGUUAAAGGUGUUCCGUUCUGAAGAGGAGUUCUCGUUAAAGGUGUUCCGUUCUGAAGAGGUGUUCUCGUUAAAGGUGUUCCGCUCUGAAGAGGUGUUCUCAUUAAAGGUUGCCAGACUGAAGCAGCUUUCCUGGGAAGAAGUUGGACUCAUUUUGUUGCUUGUGUCAUCACUUCCUCUUUGCUUCUCACUAUUGUUCAAACAUCCCAUAGUUUCUUCAACUCUCUGUACUGGAGAAGGUUCCCCAGGAAGUCUUCCUUGAGAUGCCAUGGCCACUGAUGUAACACAUCCAAUAAUUUCUUUCUUUGCUGUCAAUCCUUUGUCAGUCAUCAUCUUGCUGUCUACAAAUGUGAAUAGGGUGUAUCAUUUUCAUGUUUAGAAAGUUAUAGGAGGAACAACAAAUAAACCAAAGGAAAUGGGUUAA